AUGGCUUCCUGGGGCCUACUCGACGACAAAGAGGAGAAUGAGCUCCACAAGUUACGACUUCUUAACGUGGAGGAGAAGCCGUUCAAGCGCGUGACCAAACGCCUUAGCACCCUUCACUCCUUGACCCUCUCGAGAGCUCGUCAAGCACCCACCCCGCCCCCAGAGGGCAAUGCCGCGACUGCGGGAACGACUGAGCAGGAAGUCCAGACGCCCACCGCGACCAGCGACUCGGCCACCUCAGAUCUUGCUCAACUUAAGGAGGACAUCAUCUUGGACUUUGCCGCCUUUGAUAGCAGCAUCGCGCGGCUUCAGUUUCUUCUGACUGCCAACGAACGUGAGCGUGAACGAUAUGUCGCCGAGCGUGAGCGCAUUCUCAACACGGCGCAGGCGGUGCGCAACAAUACUGUCCAGCUACGUGUCCAACUGGAGCAGGCCCGUGCUACGCUCGAGCAGCGCAAGAAGUUUGAUGAGCUGGCUGAUAAGAUCACCGGCAACCCUGCGCUGCGUGCCAGAGCAGAGCAAGCGGCCAACCUGAGGAAACUGGAGGAGGAAAUUGCCGAGUUGAAGUCGGAGAGCGAAACCUACGGUGUCACGUGGCAUGAGCGGCGCGACCAGUUUGCCAAGAUAAUGGAUGAGAGCAUGCGUUUGAGGCGGCUGAUCCGCGAUGAGAAGGAGGAAGUGGAGCGCCGCGAAGGCAUGGGCGACGACGAAGGCGGUGCCGGCGACACCGAGGCGGACGCCGGACAGACCCCGCGACCCGGAAUUUCUAGCGGCAAUGCAACCCCAAGGCCGGAUAGUGGACUCCCAACAAAGAGCGGAGCUGAGAGCGGCGACGUCGCUGGCACUCCCCAUCCCGUCUCGACCCUGGGCGCCAGGACACCGGCGCGCGAUACUCCUGCCCCUGGUGAUGCGAACCAGUCAUUCCUCAAGCCACCCCAUGAUAUCGCGGGAGGUUACUCGCAAACGACAAGCCAGGACGCAAGCCGCGAGGGUUCUAUGGAUAGAGGCGACGGUGGCGAGGCAACUCAAGGAACUGAUGUUGAGAUGACCGAGGUUAAGGAUGAUGAGGAAGAAGUCGAGGAUCCUGAUAGUCCUCUCUCGCCUCUGCCAGAUCAGACCCCGCCGCGGCCGCGGAUUACGGUUGACGGUCCCAACGCCGACGAGGAUACCAUGGACACCACAUAA